AUGGGUCGAGAUGUGGAGGAUGUAUACUCUGAUAUGUAUUCUACGUUUUCACAAUUGACUUCGACUACCUUAAAUGAUAUUGACCAAAGAAAGUACCCUAUCACUUUUAAAACUGGCUUAAUAUAUGCAGGAGCUACAAUAGGAGGACUCUUAUUCGGGUACGACACAGGCGUAAUUUCGGGUGUGCUUGUAUCAUUGAAACCUUCAGAUAUAAAUCUCGAAAUAUUGACGAAUUUCCAACGAGAGUUGAUCACAAGUAUUACUAGCGUUGGGUCAAUUUUUGGUUCGAUACUAGCUUUUCCCCUAGCAGACCGUUAUGGGCGCCGGAUGACACUAGCAAUAUGUACUUGUUUCUUUAUUGCAGCUGCCUUACUAAUGUCGUUGUCUGUAAGCCUGUCGAUGUUGGUAGGCGGGAGAUUCGUCGUUGGAUUUGGGGUAGGUAUUGCUGCGCAAUGCAUCCCGAUAUACCUUAGCGAAGUAUCUCCUAGCUCCCUUAGAGGAACAAUGAUCACGCUUAACUCGAUGGCUAUCACUGGUGGACAGCUUUUAGCCUAUAUUAUUUCGUAUGGAAUCAGUUCAAGGCCCCACGCAUGGAGAUACCUCUUCGCUAUCAGUGCUACUCCAGCCCUUAUAUUUAUUUGCUUACUAGACUUCAUCCCAGAAUCUCCUAGAUGGUUAAUCACUGCGCAAAGAAUUCCAGAGAGUCGAGAUGCUCUUCGAAUGAUUUAUCCCCAGGCUACGGAACAAGAAAUCUUCAAUAAGUUGGGCAAAAUGAUACGAGACUUGACUAAACUACGAACAUAUCAGGAUGAGACGGAGCCCCUCCUAAGCAGAUCCAACUCGAUUUUCAAAAUUCCGAGCUUGACUUCAUUACAAAAUUACGUCUAUUCGAGAGAAUCUCCGUCUCCUCAACCUUAUAGGCCGAUCAGACCUGUGACAAAGACUCAGCACAAAAUGGAACCUCGCACUCGAAGAGCACUUAUUAUCGGCUGUGUCCUCAUGUUCUUCCAACAAAGCAGUGGUUUCAAUGCAUUCAUGUACUAUUCAGCUGUCAUAUUUUCACGCGCAGGGGUGGAUAAUCCCCUGCUGCCUGCAAUUAUUGUUGCGCUCACUAACUUUCUAUUUACUGGGGUAGCAAUGAGAUUUGUGGAUAGCUUUGGGAGAAGAAGUAUGCUACUUAGCACAAUAUGGAUUAUGACUGUUGGCCUUCUCUUUUGCAGUAUAGGCUUCGAAAACAACAAUUUCGUCCUAUUGCUGAUAUCAGUAAUCAUAUAUGUCGGCGCUUAUGCAUCGGCAAUGGGAACUGUACCAUGGAGCAGUGUUGAGUUCUUACCUCUAAACCGAAGAUCAUUUGGUGGGUCUUGCAUUUCUUGUACAAAUUGGGUUACAAACACAUUCAUAUCGAUGACUUAUCUUUCGCUCAUGGACAAACUAGGAAAUGAGACAACGAUGCUCAUAUUUGCAGGUGUUACGGUACUCAAUUGGUUGUUCGUUUAUUUUUGGUAUCCAGAGGUAAAGGGUUUAUCUCUGGAAGAAAUUGGACAAGUCUUCGAAAAUGGGGUAGAUGUUUACUACAUUUAUAGGAAUUAUCAUUCGUAG